GUGUGCCAAGACUGAGAGUUUGCAAAAGGUUUCUCGCCUCACUGCUGGCCUGCUUCUCCUAAAUGUGCUAUGGCUUCAAAUGAAACAAAUGCGAUAUGGGAAAUUCUAAAACCUGUUGAUUUUGAGGAGCUCAUCCUAGCAUUCUGCUUGUCCAUAUUGAUGGGUCUACUCAUAGGAAUCUUGAUUUUCCUCCUCCUGACAUGGAUGUCACGACGUAGAGCUUCAGUCCGAAUCACCAGACGUCAAAACCAGCAUGCGGACUCUAAAAGCUCACAAAAUAAGCUCUGUCACCUCAGCCACUACAAGAGAUACGGUUUCGACAAGAACGGCGAAGGUGCUGGUAGAGCCGUAUUAAAUCUCCACAGACAGACGUCCGUAGACCCCAACGAAAUAUUGGGAAGAAGCCCCAGUUUCCAAAACUCAACUUUUCGGCCACCAAAAAAGGCGAAAAAGACCAAUGAUGAAGCAGAUGAUGAUAACCAGGAGGCACUGAUUCCAAACAUCACAGAUCCGUUUAGUACAGUACCAGCAGAGUCAUUUUGGUUGGGAAAGGGCAGUCUAAGAGGCUUUCUGCCCCGACAGACUCCACCACCUGCAUAUGACAGCGUCAUUCACAUCUUUCAAGAGAGCACUACCUAACCGCAUCAUACCUGUCUGCACUAACUGUGACAACAGAGACCUAACAAAAACCUAACAAAACAUGGCUUCAAUGUGAAGACAAUAGAAGAAAAGUUCAUGUGAACAGUCUCUUACAGUCCUGCUUUGAUAGAGGGAUCUGAUUUAUCCUAUUCAACAUUACUGACCUGUGGUGUUUAAGGAAAAAUAACAUGGACCACCAUAAUGUAAUUACAUUUAACAUUGUGAAUAUUUUUUCAUGUACCAUUGAAUAAACAUGGGCAUAGAAAAUACCAGACGCUUUACAUUCAAGCUAUACUUUUACUUUGCAAAAGAUAAGAAUUUAUAUAUGCAUAGAUUUCUUUAAACUGGCAAAAUGGUAUGGUAAGAAUGCUUUAUUUUUUUAAUUCACACUAGGAGUUAUACAGAACACCUCUCAGGCAUGUGUAGAUAUUGUUGUAGGAUAUUGUAGAAUGUCGCUUCUCAGUCUGUAUGUCUGAACAAAACAAACAAGUCUUCACAACAUGCACAACUCAUUGGAGAAUGAAGAAUGUAGUAUUACACUCAACGCCUUCAAAAGUUCACGUUCAAUUUAUUUAUAUAGCACGCUUAUAACAGCCACAGGACUGACCAAAGUGCUUUACAGUAAAAUAUAACAUUAUAUGUAAACAAAACAAAUUUAACAGUAUUUAACUGAUAACCCCGACUGACUUACCAUGAGCUCUUGCGUUGUUGCGUAAUCAUAUUUUGUAGAAACUACUUCAAUGUGUAUUUAACCUCACUAAAAUGGUGUUUGACUGCCGAAAAUCCACAUAUUUGUCAGCUUUAACGAGGAAAAGAGAAACGCUACAAAAACAGUUAGCAUUAGCACAUGUUUACCGCGGUUUGGGCGAAGGUAAGCAAGCGUUUUCAAUCCCCCCCAAGGCAGGUGGAUUGUUUGGAAUUAUGGUCAAAAUAAGUUGAGAAAGAACGUUCUUGUACUCCACGUAGCUCUUACAUCGUUAAAAAAAUAAAAAAUGUAAACGUUAUUGUGUUUUUAUCUAGAAGAAAACAACCCCACAGUUUACUUGUAUGGGUUUUGGACGGGUUUGCCUGGUCCAAUAUGGCGGAUGAUUCAGUGGUGAAUGUGGCGUUUAGCAUGUAGUUCAUUAAAGGACAAUUAAAAUCGGAUGUGAUUGCAUUCCGUGUUUGUAAAGCAACGCGUGGCAAAGCAGAACAUUAACGCAACAUAGCCGUGCAAUUUUACGGUUAAGUAUGUGACGUUUUGAUUCUCAUAUUUCAGUGAUAUGUCAGGUAAUGGGCACACUUUAUACUCGUUAUGUCUAAAAAAAAUGCAUAUUAACGUUUUGUAGCAUUUUCAUUAAUUUGUGUGAAAAAAGUUAAUUGGGGAAACACUUUUGUAAGGUGACGUUGAAACACGUUGUUUUCAGUACACAUGGAGAGAUGCUUUUAAACCUUUCUUUUUUAUUAUUCACACAUAAGCACUAACGCAAAGUUCCACACUGUAUUGCUUCAUGACACGUGUAAUAAAAAAAAUCAUCCUGCUUUUGCAUGUAGCCUACACCGCAUUUGUGUGAUAUACCAUCUGGAUUGGGUUUCCAGACACGUGAUCUAAAGUACCAUUCCGUCAGAGCGCGGGUUGCCUUCGCGCGCCGAAAGAUCCCGCAUUUUGGAGUUCUUUUGCGCCAUUGCACUCGAUCCGAAUGCAGCAGUUUGACGUACCGUGAGGUAAAAUUCACAGUGUGCAUUUGGCAACCAUUUAGACGCAUUGAGAGCGAGUUGAUAGAGAAAUGCUGAACUACUGAAGGCUGGAACGCUUGCUUUAUUUAUAGGAAUGUGCAAAUUCUGAGAAUUUUGAUGUAGACAUAAUUUAAGACAUUUUGUUGAAUAUAAUCAGAUUAA